UGUUCUUGAAACCAUAAGUAGGAUUCAAAACCUACACGUUCUCACGCUAACAGGGAACCCCGUGGUUCGAAAGACUAAAGAGUACAGAAGGAAUAUGAUCAACAAGUGCACUGUUCUAACCUUCCUGGAUAACCGACCAAUCAAACCAGUUGACCGCGCAUGUAUCUCUGCCUGGCUACAGGGAGGAAUAGAGGCAGAAAAAGAAGAAAGAGAAAGAUGGCACAGGGAAGAAUUUGAACGGCAGCAAGCUAGCAUAAUAAGUUUAGUAAGGAGGAGGGAUGAACGGUUGGCCCAGCGUGGAAUAUUAACAAUAGAAGACCAGAUCAGAGAAGCAGAAGAGCAAAAUACAAGACUCAAAAAUAGACUAAAUAACCAGGAAAGAUCAGCUCUUGAUAACUCACCUGAAGAAGAACCCCCUCUACUUGAGAAUAUUUGUCAAGGGGAGAAUGACAAAGUUGAAGAAAAGACAGAAGGUGAAUUGUUUGCUCAACGAUUAAAAGAAUCCUUUGCUGAACUGCUUAAUGCUGACACUAUUACAACUGCUGAUAUUAAUCCAAUUCUAAGUAGCGCCAAAACUGUUAUUGAUGCAUUAGAUACAGCUGAUGUAAACCCUGCCAAUGUUGAUACUCAAUCCAAUAUUGAUAACAGUCUUAAUUCUGAUGAACAAAAAGCCAAUGAAACUAUUCAGAAAGACACUGAUUUGGAGAAUGAUGUGACUGAAAAUGUUUCAGAAUCACUAGAUGGGAAAAGCCAGGGGGAGAGUUGUAAUCCAUCUGAAAAUGAGUCUCAUGAAACAAAAUCAAUUAAACAUCCAAAUAUUACUUAUGAAAUAGAAUCAUAUGCAAGAUUAGUUGAGGGAUGUCAAAUUGAACCAUCCAUCUUUAUGACACCACAGGAUAACAUCUAUAAAAAUUCCGUCAAUAAGAUACAGCAACAAAUAUCUGAAUCGUCUGUCAAUGAGAUACAGGCCAAAAUCUCCGAAUCCUCUGUCAAUGAGAUACAGGACAAAUUCUCUGAAUUGUCUGUCAAUGAGAUACAGGACAACAUCUUUGAACCAUACAUUAAUGAGAUACAGGGCAAAAUCUCUGAGCCCCAAGAUGACUGUCUUCUGCCGCCCAAAGCUAAAUGUGAAAGUGAGAUAGGGGAGGUUGAUAUUGAAAGCACAGCAAAUUUUUUAAUAAAAUUAAAAGAAAUUGAAGAAAAGGUUUCUGUGGGCAAAGGAAAAGAAAUCAUUACAGAGAGUGAAACAACAUAUGAUUUCUUAGAUGAUGAAAUAGUCAAUCUAGAUGAGGAUCAAAACAAGUUUGAUGAUAAUAUCGAAAAACAGAAAUUUGACAAUGACAUUACUAUCAAUGAUUUUCAGCAAGUUGUUGAAACAAAUCACAAAGAACUUCCCCAAGGAUUUCAGCAGAUGAAGGAUAAAGUUUCAAAUGAUAAUUACGAUGAUGAUGAUGACAUAGAAGAAAUACCAAGAGAUGAUGAAUUUUACCAUCCAAGUCCCAAAAUAAUAGAAUUUCUAGGAGUUGAUAUAGAAACGGAGAACAUGAAUGAUCUUGACUUGGACCCUGUCAAAGCUUGGGAAAGAAUACAAAGCUUUAAAAAUUUUACAUCAGCUGAAGUUUUACACAAACAAUCAAAAAAAGAUUUCCAAGAUGAUCCAUUUAUGAGCACCAGAAAAUCGGAUGUUCUUUACUCAAUGGGAAAAGUUCUUGAUAAUUAUGACUUUGACGACGAAAAAACUGAUAAAAUAUUAGGCCCUGAGAUAUUGCGGCUUCAAGCUCGAUCUAGGAUGAGGUCGGAUGAUACAGUACUUUCCGAUCAAGAUGUUCUUAAUAUUGGACGUGGUUUGAUCAAUACUAGAGAUAGUUCAAGCUCAAGAACGGAGAACAUUAAAGUAACUGCCAGUAGAUUUACACCUCUACCCUCUAUUAGUUCUUCAGAUAGCGAGGAUUCAAGCAAAGCAUCGGAUGAACAUUUGAAUGUUUCUUCUGGAGAACACUUUUGGAUAAGGUCUAGUAAAGCAGCUUCUCCACUACCAAACCUUGAUUGCAGAGCAGCUUCUCCACUACCAAACCUUGAUUGCAGAGCAGCUUCUCCACUACCAAACCUUGAUUGCAGAGCAGCUUCUCCACUACCAAACCUUGAUUGCAGAGCAGCUUCUCCACUACCAAACCUUGAUUGCAGAGCAACAUCUCCACUACCAAACCUUGAUUGUAGAACAACAUCUCCACUACCAAACCUUGAUCGUAGCGCCUGUUCUCCUCCUACCACCAUUAACCCUAGAACCCCAUCCCCUCUUCUCCCAAUCCCUGAUCAAGGUUCAGCAUCUAAGAUUCAAAAACUAAACUUCCAAAAGCUGACACCAAUUAAAACUUCUGCUGGCAUGCUCGCAGAGUUCAAUAUUCAAUCAAACUCUACUCCAGUCGUAAAACCAACAGAAAGAAUAAGUUCGGCUGGGAACACAUUAUUCAGUUCCAGAGAGGAACGUGUCAAAGUUCAAGAAACACUGAUGUUAAAUAUUGUAGAAAAUGGAACUGAAGGUUUAGGGGAUAAGAAUAAACCUAUCCUUCAGAGACCUCUAAUAGAAGAACUAGACUAGACCUUUCUAAUAAAGUUCCUUGAUAGAAUAACUAUAUACUAGACCUAUCUUACAAAGACCCAUGAUAGAGAGGAGUAUUAGACUAGACCUAUCCUACAGAGACCCAUGAUAAAAGAACAUUAGAAUAGACCUAUCCUGCAGAGAACCCUAACAGACGAACAUUAGACUAGACCUAUCCUACAGAGACCCCUGAUAGAAUAACUAUAGACUAGACCUAUCCUGCAGAGACCUAUGAUAGAAGAACUAGAUUAUAGACCUAUCCAAUAGAUUCCUAUGAUAGAAGAACUAGAUUAGACCUAUCCUACAGAGAUCCUUGAUAUAGUAGAACUAACGUAGACCUAUCCUACAGAGACCCCUGAUAUAGUAGAACUAGAUUAGACCCAUCCUACAGAGACCCCUGAUAUAGAAGAACUAAAUAAGACCUAUCCUACAGAGACCCCUGAUAUAGUAGCACUAGAUUAGACCUAUCCUACAGAGACCCCUGAUAUAGAAGAACUAAUUAAGACCUAUCCUACAGAGACUCCUGAUAUAGAAGAACUAAAUAAGACCUAUCCUAUAGAGACCCCUGAUAUAGAAGAACUAAAUAAGACCUAUCCUACAGAGACCCCUGAUAUAGAAGAACUAAAUAAGACCUAUCCUACAGAGACCUCCUGAUAUAUAUAUAAGAACUAAAUAAGGUCUAUCCUACA